GCGCGCGCAGCCGACCAUGGCGGCGACCGCGGCGGGAAGGGCGGCCGUCGCGGGGGCGUCGUCCAUCGUGCGCUCCGCGGCGGCGUCGUCGUCCGCGGCGUCGUCGUCGUCGUCGUCCAAGGGGUGGCUGGUCUACAUGGUGGAGACGAGGGGGGGCAAGCUGUACACGGGCAUCACGGUCUCGCUGAGUCGGAGGAUGGAGCAGCACGCGGGUCUGAGGACGGGCGGCGCGAAGGCGUUUCGCGCGGACCCUCCCGCGCGCUUGCGCUACGCGGAGACGGCGGCGAACCGCGCGGACGCGACGCGGCGGGAGAUGGCGCUCAAGAGACUCGCGAGGGCCGACAAGCUCGCGCUCAUUCAGUCCGCCAUGCUCCACGACCGAGACGAAGAAUCGGGCGGCGCGUGGGGACGGCCGCUGUCGCCGGAGGAACUCGCCGCGAGCGACCCGUUCGCACGCGACCGUUCCUCGCACGACAAGAAGACCGCGAAGCCGGACCAGUAGCAAGGGCGCGUCGUAUUAUUAACACGUAAUAAGGGUCACGCGUACACGGGUGAUUAGCGCGGCGUGAUUGGCCGUAAACG